AUGUGCCAUUUUUUAGGAUGGUGUGAGGCCUUUCUCUUGGACCCCAAGGGCCGAGACGCCAUCGAACUCUCUCCCGAUGAGAUCCUCGAGAUUGCUGCGCGCUUCAACAUGCCCAAGCUUUACCAGAAAGCGGUGGAGAUUACAGGGCAGGGUAUGCAAUACCUCCAGGCGUGGGCAGUUGUGGGGGAUGGGUCCAAUCGACUGGACAGCGACAUAUUGUGA